AAAAAAAAGGAGAAAAACGCGGUUCAAAGCUCAUUUGGUACCUUUUGUCAUUUGUAAACGGGGUAAUAGAAGCAGAGAAAAACGAGAGAAAGAAAAGAAGGAGAAGAAGAAGAAGAAGAAGAAUUUGAAAGAAAGAAAGAAAGGCUAAACACUAAUUGAGCUACGGUUCUUCAAUUUCUAGAGUGAGACGAAGCAAUGGAGGAACAGAUGAUGGAGCAUAAACAGAGCCCCGUCUCUCUUGAUCAAAGCAGCCUCACGGACAAUCUUCCUAGUAUUGGCGAUCACAAUGAAGUUACAUUAGAAUCAAGAGACUUCUCCCCUGCACACUUGUUGUUCAAAAUUGAGUCAUUCUCCUUGCUUUCAGAGAAUGGUAUAGACAAGAUUGAAUCAAGUGAAUUUGAAUCAGACGAUAACUACAAAUGGAAGUUGAUAAUAUAUCCUAAUGGGCGAAACAUAGAGGACGGAGCCAAUCAUGUUUCUGCUUACUUGGCUGUAGAAAAUAAAAGUAAUCUGGAUGCUGGCUGGGAAUUUAAUGCCGUCGUCAGCAUCUUUCUGUUUAAUCACAAACUUGACCAAUAUUUAUUUAAGAAAGGUGAACGACGUUUUCAUCUUAUAAACCCUGAGUGGGGCUUUUCCAAAUUCAUUGUGAAGGAAACUUUGACAAAUCCAUGUAACGGAUACCUUGUCGAUGAUACCUGUGUAUUUGGAGCGGAGGUUUUUGUUGUCAAGAACAAAGGAAUUAGAGAAUGCUUGUCUUUCUUGAAAGCAACUGAUUCCUGUAAGCAUGAACUGAAGAUUUCAAAAUUCCCAGAAUUGAAAAACGAAUGGUAUUCUGAAGAGUUCAGUGCUGGGGAUCAUAAAUGGAAGGUUUGUGUGUAUCCGAAAGGUAUUGGAGCACAAAAGGGAAGUCAUGUUUCGAUUUUCUUGCAUAAAGUAGGAUUUUCUUCCAGUGAAAAGGUUAAGGCUGAUUACUCCAUAGGCAUGAAGAAGAAGUAUGGAUAUGUAUAUCGCAAAUCCAAUAAUCACUGGUUUUCGGCUUCUAACAGCAGUUGGGGAUGGCCAAGUUUCAUUCCAAUCGCUUUUAUGAAACCAUCAGGAUUUUUAGUUGAAGAUCACUGCAUUAUUGAAGUUGAAAUUUCUAUUCAAGCUAUCUUACGUAGUAUACCGUAAGAUUAAAUUUUCUGUAGUAACAUAGGAUUUAAAAUGUAAUGUAUCAGUAUAUGUGUCUAGAUUAUUUAUUAAUGUUAUAUUUAUUGCUUAAUUAAUAUAAUUAUUCUCGUCGUGACUAAUUAUGUUUAAAACAGUGGAAUAUGUCUUGAUGA